CGGGUGCACUUUUUACGAUCUGGUUGGAUAAUUGUCCUACGGCAAUUGUUUGUCCAUUGGGUGUGAUGCUGAAGUUAUUCGUACAACACCGGCGUUGCCUGGUUGGUGGGCUUUCACUGGCCAGGCGAACGUUCCUUUCGGAGGCGUACCAGUGUCGGGAAGCGUGGAACGCACGCUUGGCGACACCCAUCCUCGCGAAAGUUGACCUGGACACGCUAUACUACGAUCUGGAACAGAGAUUUCAACAGCGCAACAAAAUAUCAGCCAUCGAUAUCGACAUCUACGCGAACAAGCUGGUCGAUGAGACACACGUCGACGAAAUUGCCGAUCUGCUGUACAAGUUCCGUCUCACGGAAGAAACAUCGAACACCCUCGACUCGACACACCACGCACUGGUGCGCAACUAUCUCGAGCACCGUUGCUACGGACAACUGAUCGAGGUCCUCAACAACCGGCUAGGCUACGGCAUUUUUCUCGACAACUAUUCUGCCAACCUUACAUUGGAUCAGUUGAUCAAAGGGCAAGAAUUUCGGCACGCAGCCCGCAUCGCAACGUUGGUCGCUCUGCAGGAAGAUUUUUCCAAUCCCAUCACCCGGUCACUGUCGUUGUACGGUUGCUAUCGUUACACCAAAACCCCGGAUGCGGAGCACUUCGACGAUCUGGCACCGGCCGAGGCACCGGUCGGCGAUCAAACGGGGGGACAGAAAAAGAAGAAAAAAGACGAAAUUAAAAUCAGGGUAAAGUUCUUGCGCAACGAAUUUUUCGACGAUCACUUCGAUCUUAAGAAUAGUCAGCAGCUCCUUGGAAAAACGUUUAUCGAACUCAGCCGUAGCUACGGUGGAGUUAGUAACUUGAUCGGAGCAAGCUGUGAAUUGCUUGGGUUGGCUUUGUACCGUAAAUACGAUGUCGGAUUAGAGUUUGUGGCAAACCUUCAAGAUCAACAGAUCAACAGCGAAGUUCUGCAGAUUGUGCGAGGGGUGCUUGAGAAAGAAACAAAUAAGGACGACGAAAAACGAGCCGCUUUCUCCGAUGCGAUUGACAAAAUUGAAGCAAGUGGAUGCAAGUUGAACAAAGAAAGCUUCGAAAAACUCAUCUUGGAGCUGGUUCACAAGAGCGUGACUGAAAACGAACCGUCACAAAUUGAAACACAAAAGAAGGUUUACAGCGAUUGGUGUGCAUUAAGGCAGCAACGUUUGGAUGAAGAGCUGGAACGGUUACAGCGUGCAAAGCGCUUGAAAGAUAUCGAACAGAUGUCGGUUGAGUUGGAGAAGGAGGAACAGAAGUUGUGGUUCUUCGAGAACGAGGAUAAGCUUGAUCUGGAGAUCGAUAGCAAACGUGUCUUUUAUCCGAAACGCUGGUUUGGCAAAAAGAAGAAGCCACGCACAGUCGAUGUAGAUUACGUUCCACCGGAGGUACGACAGCGGAAUUAGUGCCGUGCUCAGUUCAUGUGCUGUGGAA